AUGGCAUCGCCAAAUGGCUACGAGAAGUGUCCGACGACCGUCGGCACACUUCGUUUAGCACGGGUCACAGGUAGCCGUGGGAAAUGCGGUCAACGGAAUGGUCAGCAGAACUUGCGGGAGGGCAACGGCACUUUGUGCGUUGACGUUCCAGCGAACAUUCUGUCGCACGCACUGGUGACCGCGGUGCAUCUCAUCAGUGUUUAUUCCACGUGGGCGACCGUGCGGGCUCACGGCCUUGAACCGCCGGCUCCGUUUUCGACCCACCGGAACCAAUGGCUAAAGCUCGUAAAGGCAUAUGGCACAGCAGCAUCCACGAUGACGAGUCUGUCGUUGGUUCAACAGAUGAAGGGCAAGCACCAAUUGCCUCCUCGACCCUUAAUUAAGGUAGUCCGCAAAGCGACCAUCAUUUUAAUAAAGCGAUCCCGCUUAUGCGGCAAACAAGCCGUUUGUCACGCAGACACGAUCAACGCAUCGUAG